GACGCUGCGGCUGUGAGGAUGAUCGGGGACAUCUUGCUUUUCGGGACGCUGCUGAUGAACGCCGGGGCGGUGCUCAACUUUAAGCUGAAGAAGAAGGACACACAGGGCUUUGGGGACGAGUCAAAGGAACCCAGCACAGGUGACAACAUUCGGGAGUUUUUGCUGAGCCUCAGGUACUUCCGCAUCUUCAUUGCGCUAUGGAACGUCUUCAUGAUGUUUUGCAUGAUCGUUCUCUUCGGCUCCUGAGCAGCUGCACGGCAACUGGGAAAGCAGGCUCCUUUCAUCCGUCCGUCUGUUCGUCCAUCUCGUCCGAUCACCAUCAGGAAUGCCUUUGACCCAGAAACCGGAGCCCUCCUGGACACCCGUGGGUCAGAGUUGUGGACCUCCUGCCCCUGCUGCAGUCCUGUUGCUGAGGCCUGAGUGUGACUCGAGUUUCUGCUGUCUCCGAGAAGAACAUGGGGGCAUUUCUUUAUCCUAGGGGCUGCUGGAGUCUCCCAUGUUCCCUAGAACCUGCUUCUGGGUUUGGUCUAAAUUUUCUUUUCCUUUUUUGUUUCUGGGCCACACCCAGUGAUGCCCAGGGGUUACUCCUGGCUCAGCACUCUGGAAUGACUCCUGGUGGUGCUUGGGGACCCUGUGGGAUUCUGGGGACCAAACCUGUGUUGGCCACGUUCGAGACAAGCAGCCUCCCUACUGUACUCUUUCUCAUCUUUUUAAACAAACUUUUCCCAGUGGUGUCGGGGCCCACGAGGCCUACCCCAGUGCUCUGGGGUGGAAUUUGGGGCCUCACGCACAGGUGUCCAAGCCACCUGCAGGG